GGUACCAGCAGCCCCUCCGCCACAGCACUGCUAUUGUUCUGGUGCUGAGCCGUGAUUGGCUGCUGUGUGUUGAUUGACAGCUGUGGGGGCGGGACAGUGAGGGUGUGGAUUGGAUUUACACUGAAGAGACAGAUCAGCUCGUGACCAGAGAGAGAGGAGCAUCAGAUUAUCAGACAGGUGAGAUCAGGUGAUCAUGCUGGGACGCCGGACGCUGACGCUGGUUUGGGUGUGGAUGUUGCUGGUGGCCUCUCUCUGCCCCUGGGCGUCUGGGAAGAAAGGGGGCAUGUUCGGUGGGCGGGGAAAAGGCGUAGGGAUGGGAGGCAAGACUCCGCCCACUCAGAGCAAGGGUUCCUCUAAGCAGGGGCUGAAGAUGGCCGGGGCGGCGGCUGCUGGUGCGAUCGGCGGGGCGGCUAUCGGCUACGGCCUCGGCUCUCUGGGAAGACCAAGGUACGGUCACGGCUACGGUUAUGACUACUCCGAAGAGGACAGGCGGUACCACCACCCCGACGGACCGGGGUACUACAACCGCUCUGAUCUGAGGUACUAUAAGGGUGGAGGCAGCUCAGGGCCCAUCCUGAACACCCUGCUCAUAAUCGGAUCGGUGCUUAGCAUCUUCAUGUUGGGCUGAAACGAACUUGAGGUGUCGCUAUGCUAACAUCAAUCAUCUGAUGAUCAUCGGAGCUGCAGAAAGCCAACUAUAGAAACUAUAAUAACUGUAAUAAAGGUAAUCAUACGCUGGAACAGGGUUGAGAUUUAAGAGGCGUGGCCUAAUGGACAGACGGUAAGGGUGAUGAUGUCAGGUGCUGAUUGUCUGUAGGAUAGCAUUCAAUAGCAUUCAAUGCUAAAGUACUCAAAGCAAAAAUGCAUCUAAUCAAUUCUUCUAUAUCUUUAACUUAGUGCCUAUAAACUUAAAGAACUAGUUUGGUAAUGACGUACAAUAUCAUGUUUGAUCUAUGAUCCCAAAAUCAGUUGAUUAGUUAAGAAAGGUUUGGUGUCUGAUGUGUAGAGGUGGGUCAGCAUGCUAAUGAAGAAAGCCCCCUCACUUUCCUUGCUGUGGAGAUCUGCGUAAGUGCAGCAGCCAGAGCAAGCCAAAAAAAAUCUACAUUUUUGCAUUAUUAAUCCAUUAAUAAUGUUUUUAACAGAUUUCUGAAGCAAAUGUAUUACAUUUCCGUGGGCUGGUGUUUGCAGGGAUGAGGUGGGUGAUUUUUUGUCUAAAUCCAGUGUUAGCUCAGCUCAGAUACCAAAACAAAACUCAAAAUUAAUCAACUGAAUCUGGGUUUACAGAUUAAUCAUAAAACGUAUGUUGAUUAUAAGUUGUUUUAGUGACCUGCUCUUAAAAUCUGCUCAAAAGCAUUGCAUAAAGACCUAUUUCCAUGCCAAAAAGAAAUAUAUAGUCAUGUAUUUAUCAAUAUGUGAAAUACAUUUCAAAUGCAUUUUAAAUAUAUUUUAAAAUUAUAUAAUCGUUGCACUAUAUUACGAAAUAAUGCAUAUUUUGGCCACAUUUUCAAAUAUAUUAAAUAUACAAAUACAUUUAAUUGAAUACAUUUAUAUAUAUUUCUAUUCACAUGGGUUUUCUUAUCAGUGAGGCACUAUUGUAAGAACAUUUUUGUAACUUUUCAGUAAUUCAUUUUUUACUAAUUCAGGUUUCUUUGCUGUUUAAAUUCAUUAUAGAGUGGAAAUGUUUAAGCUUAAAAUUAGUGAACGCUUAUGUUGUGUAUUGACUAGCAUCAAUGCUAAUAGCAUGAAGACAUUAAAUGCAGUGUACUGAUUUGCCUAAAUCUAUUUUUAAAUCUUUUCUUUUCAGGCGUUAAUUUGGGUAAUAAAGUUAAGCUCUCAAAAAAACUCUUCAGUUUAGUAACUUAAGUCCCCUAUGUAGGCAAUAGGGAACAAAGCAUGAGAUAUUCAGACAGACCCAAAGUGGCCCAGUUAUUUAGAAGGUGGUAAAGUGCAGGGCACAAUCUAACACAUCUGUAAACAUAAUUAACAGUUAAAAUGACCUUAAAAACUGUUGUAGACAACAUUACCACCCACAGUGGACAGAGCAGUAGGGGGUAAUGAUGGGGACCGGCAGCUUCUGGCGAGAAUAGUCCAGUGCAGGAGACCACGCAUACAUAUCAUGGCAAAAGUCACGGAACGCGAGGUAGGCUUUUGGUUAUUAUUUAUAUAUAUUUAACAAAUACACCAAAAUAACAUGUACAUGAAUAUAAUCAAAUAUUCAGCAGUCAGUCAAGCUGAGGAGCUGAAAUUGAACAGAAAAUUGAACUGAAAGUUUAGAAGAAAGAAAUCCUAUUUAUUUUACUAUUUUGUACUGUUUUAAUUUCUCACUGUGUUAUAAGAGUGUGAAUAUGAUGUGAUGGAUUAUUUCUGCUGGUUUAAUGUUUUUAUAUUUGCCAGUGAUGUUCUUAAAGGGCUGAUUUUACAGUGAUUUUUUGCAAAUAUAUGUUAUUUUUAUGCUCUGAUUAUUAUUAUUAUUAUUAUUAUUAUUAUUAUUAUUAUAAUGGUUGCUGCCGUGAUAUAAUGCAGUUAGUUAUUAUUCUUGUGGUUAUAAUGUGCAGUAGGAUGGUGUGUAUGUGUGUUAUUAAUGAUGUUUUUGCUCAGACUGAAUAAACACUGAUGAGCUCUGA